UGCGCACGUCAACAGCGAGUAACACCCCUUUCUGUGAAGUCGUUUAUGUGUAAUUGAUAUCGCCGCUAAGAAAAAGACGGCUGGAGUUUCAUUAUUUUGGGGCCGUAAAAUGAAAGUUGUGAGGAAGUCAGCCGCUAAGGAUGGACUCUGAAACACCUCCAGACAUCAGAUAAACAUAUAUAGUGCAAUCUAAGAGGAUGCUGCUGUACGAAUAAAUAUGUGGAGAAUGGGUGGUGCUGGUGUUGGCAGAAAGGUUAAAAACCUAGUCAAACGAGUUAUUAGUGAGAAAGCAUAAUCACACAGUUGACUCACAGAUUGGUUUACUUUUGGUGUUGAGUUUUGGCAAAGGUGUGUCAGCAGAGUUACUGAAUAAAAAUAUUUGGCUCAUGGAGUACAGUGAAAGAGUGCUGUGUGGGGCUGGGGAGAUGGAGCCGGAUCCCAACAUUGUGAGUGAAGAGGCGGGAAAGCUGUAUUCAGAACUGCAGACUGUUAUUGAGACCCAUGGAGAAAGUGUGGUGGAGUCUCUGGUCCCCAUAUUUGUGUGGGUACUGGAGGGGCUGGCCACCUGCAAAGCACAGUUGAGAGACAGGGAGGAAGAGGCUGAGAGGGAGAAAGCUGAAAGAGAGGAGCUGCUCGAGAGAUAUCAUGCAGAGAAAGCACUGAGGAAAGAAACUCAAGAGAGGUAUCUAGAGCUGGAUGACCAAACUGAGCAGGAGAGGAGAGCUAUGAGGGGCAGGGAGAAGGAGCGUGAACGGCGAGAGAGAGAUCUAGAGAAGAAAGCAAGACAACAAGCUGAUCAGUUGGUGGCCUUGGAGGAACAGAAGGCAAAUGUCAGUAGAGAACUGAGCACACUGAGAAAUACUCACAACAAGUUGGCCCUUACAUAUCGGGAACUUUUGGAAAAGAGGAAGGAGUCUGAAAGAGAUUCUCCUUUAAGGAAUUACGCGCGUUCCAGGAAUGCUGACUUUCCAUCACAUCAGGUCUUGCCAGAAUCCAGUGUUAAUGAAAAGAUGAUUAAAAGACCACAUUCAAACUCUGGCCCCCCCUGUUUGGAAGAUCUCGUGGCCAAGAGAGAAAAAGAAGUCAACAAUGCUGCAAAGCCAACCACAAAUCAGUUUGUCACUGACAUCAUAAACUCCACUCCUGAGCUGGCACAGUUUAAUGGUUUCAUAAAUGCAAGCACCCCAGUUAAACCUAACACCGAGGAGCCUUUAAACAAUGGGCCAGAGACCAGCUUGGAAAAGGAGAUGAAUGAGGUGGGGGCGAGCAAAACAGAAGAAGUGAAAAGAGGAGAGAUGGACAAAAAGGAUGAGGAAGAGGAGGUAGAGGACGAGGAUAGUAUAGAGUGGGAGCUCCGCAACACUGACUCUGUAUUCUCUGAACUGUCUGAGCUGAGUCGGGAUUAUGUGGAGAGUGUAGACCGAGGGGCCAGCGUCAGAGGCAGUGUAGACCAGUCUGAGGAGAUUCUUUCUCAGUAUGAGGAACUGAAAAUCACCCAUGAAUUAGUUGAAACUGCUCGUAAGGCUUUGAUAUCUCGGGUAGUGGAGCUGACAGAUGAACGUUCAGCUCUUAAACUGGAGGUGGACACUCUUCAGGAAACAGUAUCCCGAUUAGAGGGACGGGUGAAGGAGAAGGAGGAGGAAACUAAGAGACUUCGGAAAGAACUGGAAGCUUGCCAAUCUGAGGAUCCUGAUACGUCUCAGCCGGCAUCCACACGCCACUUUUCUCGUUCUGAAAUGGCUCGCGUCGUCAUGGAGAAGAAUCACUAUAAGCAACGUCUGUUUGAGCUGCAGGAGGCAAUUAGACACAGUCAGACACUCAAAGCAACAAAGGAGGAGAAGUUUUCAGAGGAAAGAAGGUCAAGUGUUUGGAAAAAAUUCAACCGCUUCUUUGGCCGGUCCAAGGAACCAUUAGUUUCACCUCCUGCUUCCAUAUUAGCUCUGCGAUCUUCCCCAUCGCUCACUCACUCUCCUCUGGGAUCUCCACAACCACCAGCUGUCAUUCGAACUCAGGCUGAGGCUGCUUCUCCUGCUGCUCUUUCACCACGUGCGAGGAAGAGGGAACUCUACAGAGAAAUUCGAUCCCAGAUUUGGGGAACUCUGGGAAAGCGGCAGAUACAUGGCUGGAGCAUGCCACUAGCAAACACACAGGACUCCAGUGAGCCAGUACCAGAGCCUAAAGAUGUGCCCGUUCUAGUGCAGCUCAGACUAUUGGAUCACAAAGACUCCACUGCCAAGCUCAAGUGUGCAGUUGCAGUCCCACCUGAGAUCUCUGGCGAGGCCACAUGUUCUGUGUGGGUAGUUUCUGGCCCUGCCUCCUGCAGUGAUAUUACAGUGAUUGAUCCAGCACGCUCCAACACAGUACUGGAUCAGUUCAGCCUCCCUCCCACAGCUCCUGCCCUCUGCAUCUGUGCUGUGCCUCCCAUAGGUAACACCGCAGGAACUGUGUGGAUUGGAACUCAGGAAGGAAGUAUACUGGUCCACUCGGCCUUUGCUCGCAGACGGCUCUGUCUUCAGUCUGUAUGCCUCUCAGAGAGUGUUCAUUCACUCACGUAUUCACAGAGUCGGGUCAUUGCUGGUUUAGCUGAUGGGACUUUGGCAUUUUUCUCAAACAGUACAGAUGGCUGGAAUCUGCAGUCACACUCUUUGAUACCUCUUGGAUCAAACCCCGUGCAGCCCAUUCGCUGUUGCCUUGCAAAAGGUGGCCGCUUGUGGGUGGGAUACUGGAACAAAGUCUAUGUGGUAGACAUUGAAAGCAAGAAGGUGGAGCAAACAUUCUCAGUCUCUGAGCGCAGUGAGCAGCAGGUUCGUUUCCUGUGUGCUGGUGGAAGUGGUGUUUGGACAUCCUGCCGACUGGAUCCAAUUCUCAGGCUGUUUGAUUGGUCCACAGGACGCCCACUACAGGAAGUUGAUUUUGCAGCUUUGGUCACUAAAACAUUAGGCCAACCCUACCUGACACUCUCACCUCUCCAGAUCUCUUCUCUCACUGUUAUCUGUGGCCGUUUGUGGGUAGGCACAGGAGGUGGUGCCAUUUUCUCCAUCCCCUUGUCCAUAACUUCAGAGGAUGUUUCCAUCCCUUAUUGCUCCACUGCAUCAGCCCAGCUGUGCUACCAUGGACAUAGGCAAACUGUCAGAUUCAUCAUUGCUGCACCUGGAUGUUUGAUCACCUCUCCUGGCAGCAGCCAUGUCACUACUGCUCAGAUUAUCCUCAGUGGAGGAGAGGGCUACAUCAACUUCCGAAUUGGAGAUGAUGCAAGCGAUGAUUCAGAAGAGGUGUCCCAAGCCACACCACAGCGAUCUGAACGUAGUCACAUGCUCAUCUGGCAGACUCCCACACCACCUGUGCCCAACCCUGCACUCUGAGCUUCUUCAUAUCACACACCCUUCUUCAACGCAGGGCUUGUGCCCAAUCUAGAAACAGUGCCCAAAGUUUGAACUACUGAUGUCAGCACAUGUGGGAGAGGGGCUAAUGCAAGAAAUUCUUCUGACUAAUUUAUCCCAACUUCUGCCAGCAACACCAUGUGGUAAGCUGUCAAAAUUUUGGCUGCUUGCUGCUCCCUCAGUAUCAUCUCACAUACGAUGAAGAUGGGGCAGAGAUAUACUUUACAGAAGCAGUACGCAAGAAAGGAUUGAAACGGGUCUUUCAUGGAACGGAAUGAACCAACAUCUUCGUGUGGUAGCAGUAAACUACUAUUUAAAGAUACAAGUAUGAAUAUUUCAUACUUAUUUACCUCAUAUCUUGUACAUAUCUUUUGACUGGCUUAUCCUGAUGGUGACACCUUCCUGUGUGCCUUCGUCUCAUUUUUUGUCACCUCUGUGUAACUGGUCAGUAAUUCAGCUGCCUGGUGGUUAAUGGAUCAUUUUUACCUUUACUCUAAAAAUCUAUGCAGUAUUGCUGUCAGCUGGAUAAUGCAUUGGGUUUGUUUGGUGGAAAAAAUGUAGAGAACCGUCAUGCAUCUUUUGAUCAAAAACAUUUAAGCCAGUAAUGUGGCUUCUCUUGUAGCUGCUGUGUACAUACGUUGUUAAGUAUUAAACUACAGACAGGUUUUUGGUCUUGCGUCAUAAAGACAGACACUUUACUGUCUUGUAAUGCUGCAUCUGUAUAUUUUUGGUAUUUCUGCCAUGAGUAUUAACUCAGUUUCUAGCCCUCCCACAGUGCAUGUGACAUUAUUACAAACCCAUUAUAAAUGUGUCUGUAUGGAAAAUAUGUCUGAUGUCCCCUUUGUUAAAUGAACAAC